GCUCCGGAAGUUGUUUCUUCUUCGUCUGUCAGCAGCGACACAACAGUUAGCUGUUAGCCGGUAUCCUGCGGAGCUCAGAGACCAGAUUCUGACACGGAUUUCUGCUCACACGUCCACCAUGGCUGAAGUGGAGGAAACCCUGAAGAGGAUCCAGGGCCAGAAGGGAGUUCAGGGCAUCAUCAUCGUCAACUCAGAAGGAAUCCCCAUCAAGACGACUCUGGACAACUCGAGUACGGUGCAGUACGCCGGUCUGAUCCACCAGCUGGUGAUGAAGGCCCGGAGCACGGUCCGAGACAUCGACCCCCAGAACGACCUCACCUUCCUCCGGGUUCGGUCCAAGAAGAACGAGAUCAUGAUUGCUCCAGAUAAGGACUACUUCCUGAUCGUCAUCCAGAACCCGUCAGACUGAAGCUGAGGGAGCUGCAGCCCGACUCUUUGUUCUCUUUUGUUUCAUAUUUAAAAAGAAAACGGCCAAACUUUUUAUUUUGUCCCCAGUAGCCCUACAGAUCCCGUUCACCUGAAGCUUCUCCUGCACGAGGAGGCGACAGCAGACGACGGAUGGUUUCUGUUUCCACGUUUCAUCAUUCCAGGUCUCCUCUCUGGGUUUGCUGACGUAGUUAUAAGUAAAGCUGGAGGAGAACCGUCUGCACAGCUCUUGGGUGUUCGGGUUUGUUCUGCUCCGGUCGGUAUUUAUUUAGCUGGCAGCAGAUGUUAGCAGAGAACGACACUACGAACCCUCUGAGCACGUUUCUGUUUGUCGUUUGUCACGAGUGAAGACAUUAAAAAGUCAAAAUGGC